AUGGAGUUGCUGGGAGAGUACGUCUGGCAGGAAGGGAAGUCGCAGAAGUUGCGGGUGUCGUGUGAGGAGCCGGGUGGCGGCGACCCUUUUCAGGGCCUGUUGUCUGGCGUGGCCCAGAUGAAGGAGCUAGUAACGGAAUUAUUCGGCCCCCUGGUACAGGGGGAGGUGCAGCACCGGGUGGCGGCGGCUCCAGACGAGGCCUUGGACGGUGAUGAUGAAGAUGAUGCAGAAGAUGAAAAUAACAUUGAUAACGUAACUAACUUCGAUGGACCAUCUGCAAAACGGCCAAAACCACCAUCUUAACAAUAGCCUUUAUGAUAUUUAAAAGACUGCUAUUCUAUCCUAAUUGUCACACUGGGACAUUUAAGGAAGACUUAUGCUCUAAUUUGGAAAAGUGUUUGUGUUCUUCUCCUGGGACAAUUUUGUCAAAGAGAAAACUAGUUUUUCUCUUUCUAGCAAAGAUAGUAAAGGUUUGGAAAUAAAAUCCAUUUUCUUGAGAAAUAAUUUCAGACCAUGAAAAAUAGAACAUAAUGUAUAAAAUCCUCUUAAGUUGGCAACUGAAUUUUUAUCAUUGUUUUCUAUUUUUAAAAUGACCAUUGAAUUGUGUGAUGUCUACAUCUUUUAACUUCUGCUUCUGUUACAACGAGUGCAUGUCACGGUUCAUAGGCAGUAACAUUUCAGAGAACUAACAUGAACAAGUGGUGAAAAUUGGGCAUUAAAUGUAAAAAUAACAGUUCUUCAUAAAUAGAAGGAAAAUGAGGAAAUAGAAAUACUGAAGAGGAGAGUCCUUGAAAGAGACCCAAGGAAACCCUGAAUUCACACCCAUAUCUGUCCAGUAUACAGAUAUGAUGCCACUUAAUGAAUGUGCAUUAAUCUGAUGUAUUAUGUACCUUAAGAGAGCCAGAUGGGGUGGGUUAUGUUUUUGUGCUGUGAUAUGGUAUGGACACAGGUACAAAUAUAAGGCCUUAAGUAAGCAAUCUGUGUUGACUACAAUUUAGAUAUUUCCUCUCCUGUAGCCAUACUUUGAUUUUGCUUUAAAAAGAUUAUUUAGCCAGGCUAAUUUUGAUUUUGCUUUUAAAUGGUUAUUUAGCCAGGCCUGGUGCCGUACACCUAUAAUCCAGCACUUUGGGAGGCCAAGGCAGAUAGAUCACCAGAGGUCAAGAGUUCAAGACCAGUCUGACCAACAGUGAAACCCUGUCUCUCCUAAACAAAAAAUUAGCUAGGUGUGGUGGUGCAUGUCUGUAAUCCCAGCUACUUGGGAGGAUGAGGCAAGAGAAUCACUUGAAAAUGGGAGGUGGAGGGGUUUCCUCCGUCUCCAGAUCAAAAAGGUUAACAGGCGGGUCGAGUCUGAAGAAUCUGGUGAUGAAGAAGGGAAGAAGCACAGCAGUGGCAUCGUGGCUGACCUCAGUGAACAGAGCCUGAAGGAUGGGGAGGAGGACCCAGAAGAAGAACACGAGCUGCCUAUGUGAACCUAUGAAAACCAUCAACCUGAACAGAGAUGCAGAGGAUGUUGAUUUGAAUCACUAUCACAUUGGGAAGACUGAAGGAUUUGAGAUACUGAAGAAAGUGAAGACUCUCUGCCUCUGCCAAAAUUUAAUUAAAUGCAUUGAGAAUCUGGAGGAGCUACAGAGUCUUCGAGAGCUGGAUCUUUACAACGACCAGAUCAAGGAGACUGAGAAUCUAGAGGCGCUAACAGAGCUGGAGAUUCUAGCUAUUUAUUUUAAUCUGCUGAGAAACAUCGAAGGGGUUGAUAAGUUGACACAACUGAAAAAACUCUUCUUGGUCAACAAUAAAAUCAGUAAAAUUGAGAACUUAAGCAACUUACAUCAACUACAGAUGCUAGAGCUGGGAUCUAACUGCAUCCGGGCAAUCGAAAAUAUUAACACGUUAACCAAUCUGGAGAGUUUGUUUUUGGGGAAAAGCAAAAUUACUAAACUUCAGAACCUGGAUGCGCUCACUAACCUGACGGUCCUCAGCAUGCACAGCAACCAGCUGACCAAGAUCGAGGGUCUGCAGAACCUGGUGAACCUGUAGGAGCUGUACCUCAGCCACAACGGCAUUGAGGUCAUCGAGGGCCUGGAGAACAAUAACAAACUCAUCAUGUUGGACAUUGCAUCAAAUAGAAUCAAAAAGAUUGAAAACGUCAGCCAUCUAACAGAGCUGAAGGGAGCCUGGAGACAGUGUGCCUGGAGCAGAACCCCCUGCAGAAGGACCCCCAGUACCAUAGAAAGGUCAUGCUUGCCCUCCCCUCCGUGCAGCAGAUUGAUGCCAUGUUCAUCAGGUUCUGAGUCUUCCUUGCUCCGCACAGGGUCCCUGUCCUCGGAAGAACUGCUCAGCCACAGUUUUUUAACCCACCUGUUGCUCCUGAGGUUGUAUCAACAGUCACAAACGCAGUGGCAAUAAAGGCACUGAUGAUAGCUGAUGCACAAUGCCAUGCAUGUUUUCAGAUGCCAUUGCAAUUAAACCUUGCCACACAGUCCUCCUGGGUGAGUGUUGACAGUUAUUGUAGCCACAGAGAGAAUACUGGACACGUCAUAUUCAUUUGCUAGAAAUUCCUUUAUUUCCUCCUCUCAGAAGGCGGUUACAGGCCCCACCAGAUCCGUGUGAAACACAGGGCCUGAGAGUGCUUGACGGCAUUCACGUGCAGUCUGGGUGGCAUUCAGGCAGGCCUGACCUGCAAGCUGAGGUUUUUUAGUCUUAAAUCAGACAAGGCCAAUUUUUAAAAAUCAUGUAAGUUAAAAAAGCAUGGGUAAAGCUGCCUCAGGCCUGUGUGCUGUGUUCCUCAGAGCUCUCCUUUAACAAGCGCCAAGCAGGCUGACUGCUUUACGUGUGCCCCUCAGUUCUCGCCGCAGCUCAGGUGGGUGUGGGUGAAAGCUCAGGUGUGCAGAGGGCGCCCCAUGUCCACGAGGUCUGUGCUGCUGCCAGAAUGCGAGCCCAGUAAGUCUCCAAAGAUGGCCUCCAAGGAUCUGAACUCUUGGCCACUUGUGUAGUGGCUUCCUGUUAUCACCCCAUUGUUGUUUUGGAUUUUUAAAUAUAAAAUGUACAUUGACAGACAAAAAAAAAAGGAAAGAAAAUGGGAGGCAGAGGUUGCAUUGCGCUCCAGCCCAGGCAACAAGAGUGAAACUCUGUCAAAAAAAAAAAAUUAUUGAAUCCUUUUAAAAAUAUAUAUUCCUAAAAUA